GCCAGGCUAUAUACCCCUCAACGUCGUUGUGGGUGAAAACCACGUUUUUGGAGAUUUUUCAAUUUAUCCCCGGAACAGUUUAAGCCGACGGUUUUUGUGUAAAGAAAAGAUCAUCAUAAAAUGGCAUUCAAUCCAUUUGCACUUGGACGUCCUGAUCUUUUGUUACCAUUUAUGGGAGCAGGAGUUGGUGGUCCUGGAGCCGGUGGUCCACCACCAAAUUUGUUUUUUUCAAUGCUUCAAGCUGGGUUUCCACCAGGACCUGUUGGAUCACCACCUGAAGAUGAUGGGGUAACUGAUGAUCCGAAAGUUGAGCUUGAUGAACGAGAAUUAUGGCAACAGUUUUCACAAUGUGGAACUGAAAUGGUCAUUACUAAAAGUGGAAGACGGAUAUUCCCAGCAUAUCGAGUGAAAAUCAGUGGUCUCGACAAGAAAAGUCAAUAUUUCGUGAUGAUGGAUCUUGUUCCGGCUGAUGAACACCGUUACAAGUUCAAUAAUAGUCGAUGGAUGAUUGCUGGAAAAGCCGAUCCCGAAAUGCCAAAAACUUUGUAUAUUCAUCCGGAUUCUCCGUCAACUGGCGAGCAUUGGAUGUCAAAAGGCGCCAACUUUCACAAACUCAAACUCACAAAUAAUAUAUCGGAUAAGCAUGGAUAUACAAUUCUCAACUCUAUGCACAAGUAUCAGCCACGUCUUCACGUAGUUCGGUGCGCGGAUCGACACAAUUUGAUGUACAGUACCUUCCGAACUUUUGUGUUCCGUGAGACCGAAUUCAUCGCUGUUACGGCUUAUCAAAACGAGAAGGUGACGGAGCUGAAAAUCGAAAACAAUCCGUUUGCCAAAGGAUUUCGGGAUGCUGGAGCCGGGAAGCGUGAGAAAAAGCGACAACUUCACAGAAUGAAUGGAGAUGCAACUCAAAGUCCACCCGGAAAAACCGCUUCACUACCCACACAUUCACCACAUCCAUCAGAAUCCAAUUCAGAAGAUGAUGAGCCAACAUUGAAGAAAUGUAAACCCGAACCAUCACAAACUCCAACAACAUCAAGCCUUUCCACAUCAACAACUCCAACAUUAUCAGCUCAUCAUCCGUUACGAUCUCCCCAAUUCUGCAUUCCACCGCCAAUUGAUAUGAUGUAUCAGAAUAUGCCAAUGGAUUUACUUGCACAUUGGCAAAUGGCAACACUCUUCCCACAAUUCUCAAUGGCUCUUAAUUCACCUGCAGCUGCUGCUUCAUUACUCUCCAAACAUUUGGCAAAAGCUUCAUCGGAAUGUAAAGUCGAAGCAACUUCUGAAGAUUCUGAAGAAGCUGAAAAGCCUGAAGUGAAGAAAGAGCAAAAGUCAGUGACACCACCCAAAAAGGGAGGUUUUGAUGUUCUCGAUUUGUUGUCAAAGCCUUAAUUUGAUACUUUUCAUCUUAUUUUUCAAUUUUUUUUAAAGAACGAGCUUUUUAACGGUGUGAAAUUUAUCUAAAUGUAUCACCGAAUUUGUUACAGUUUCUGCCAUAACGAUCUUCUCUGAAAAUGACUCUCUUUUUUGUUCAAGUCUCCACUCUCUCUCUCUCUCUCUCUCUCUCUCUCUUUCCAAGCGGGCAUAAUAUUUUUGUUUCUUUACAAAAAAUCCCUCAAAAUAGUCAAUAGAAUUUCAACUUUUUCUGGUCCUCAACUAUUUAUAGCUUUUAGACAUUUAUUCAUCUUCAAAUUUUCCUUUUUCUCUCUCAAUCUUCUUAUUGUACAUUUUCGCGUCCCCAGUGAUUGUACGAUUUUCUUUUAUCUGUUUUGAGCCUAGUGACAUUAAUAAAUAAUCAAUACUUGU